AUGGCGGCGCCGUGCCGUCGACAGAUCAACUACCGCGGGCAGUCCCUGGGCCUGAUCCGGAUGCGGAACCCCUGGGGGGAGGUGGAGUGGACGGGGCCCUGGAGCGACAGCUCGCCCGAGUGGCACGCGGUGGAGCCGGCGCUGCGCCAGCAGCUCAUGGUCAAGAUGGAGGACGGGGAGUUCUGGAUGUCCUUCCGGGAUUUCCUGCGGGAAUUCACCCGCCUGGAGAUCUGCAACCUCACCCCCGAUGCGCUGCAGGCCCGCAAGUUCCGCAAGUGGAACACGCGGCUCUACGACGGGACGUGGCGGCGCGGCAGCACCGCCGGCGGCUGCAGGAACUACCCCGCCACGUUCUGGAUCAACCCGCAGUUCAAGAUCCAGCUGGAGGAGGUGGACGACGACGGCGACGAGGCCGGCGGGCGCGAGCCCGGCUGCAGCUUCCUGCUGGCGCUGAUGCAGAAGGACCGGCGCCGCGAGCGCCGCUACGGCAAGGACAUGGAGACCAUCGGGUUCGCCGUCUACGAGGUCCCUCCCGAGCACGUGGGGCAGUCGGGGGUGCACCUGAAGCGGGAGUUCUUCCUGGCCCACGCGUCGCGCGCGCGCUCCGAGCAGUUCAUCAACCUGCGCGAGGUGAGCACGCGGCUGCGGCUCCCGCCCGGCGAGUACAUCGUGGUGCCCUCCACCUUCGAGCCCAACCGCGAGGGGGACUUCGUGCUCCGCUUCUUCUCCGAGAAGAAGGCCGGCACUGAGGAGAUGGACGACAAGAUCCAGGCCACGCUCCCGGACGAGAAAGUGCUCUCGGAGAGCGAGAUCGAUGAGAACUUCAAGCAGCUCUUCAAGCAGCUGGCGGGGCCGGUAAGGGCGGGGCAGGGCCGGUAA